ACUAGGUUUGUUCCACAUCGCCUGGGUUUCUAUUUUCAUCUGACGUACAGCUGUUCUUUGAUUUAACGAAGGUAAAACGUUCCCAAACCGUUUCCUUGUGCACUUAAAAAAGUAUAUUUCUUAAUUCUGUGAGCAUGAAUGAGGAAGCUACGAAGCUGCAAUGGUCGAAGGAAGCCGUGCUUCAUCUAAUUGAAUUGUGGGAAUCAUAUGAGUGCCUAUACAACCCAAGCCAUAAGUUCUAUCAUAAUAAACAUGCACGGUAUCAGGCGCUAAAUGAAUUGGCAGAAAGUUUAAAUCGUUUCGUGCCCGGCAUUGGUCCCUUUGAAGUUAAGCUGAAAAUUAACUACUUGCGUGGACAAUACACACGCGAAGUUGGAAAGUGCAAUACUAAUAAAAGUGGAGCUGGUACUGACGAAGCUUACGUCCCAAAUGCAUUUUGGUUUAAGAAUCUAGGUUUUCUUACCAAAUUUUUAAAGGUCCGUAAAGGAGAAAAUAAUUCUUCGUUUCCAGAUGAUUCCGCAAAUUCACACAAUUCUGAGAGAGAGUCGUCGUCUCCCACUGGGCCAAGCAAAAAGCGAGCACGGCCAAGUAAUGAAAUUGCAGCAUCUGCAAAGGAAAACGAUGUGCUAGAAGCUGCAAUUGAGGCAUUGAAGUGUGUUACAAAGAAAACAAGUUCGGAUUUGGAUGCCAAUGACGACGCCUUCUGCAAGUUCUUAAUGCAAGAAUUCCGCACGCUUCAAAAUGUAGAAAUCAAAGAGGAACUGAAGGAAUCUUUUGUUCAUUUACUCUUCCAAGCUAAAAAAAAAGAAAGGAAAAUGGUGCAAAGUUCAUAUGAAGUCACCUUAUAUGACUGAGACUUAUAAUAAUAAUAAUAUUUGGGCGCUCUAACUUUUGCUAAAGCGUUUGGUAGAGCUUCACCAAUUCGUGGUGUGCGUAUUGAUGUUGUUACACCGAACGGCAAAUGGAUGUUAUGAGAAGCUGUUUUAUGGCGGAAAUACAUUCUGUGGUAGUACGCAUAUCUAACCACUAGGCCACGGCCGCAGCCUUUACGCUUUUUAUAAAUUAAGCUAGUUUACAAAUAGAUGAUGUGCGAUGAAAUAGAGCCACGAGCUAUUGACAAGUUUUGACCUUUUGUAUGUUAAAUUUUACAUAUCGUUACCUUAAUUAACAAAGGCCGUAAACAACACUUUUUUCGAAACUGCGUUUUUACAGAUUUUGAUAGGAUGUAUUAAAAUACACCUUCAAUAAAAAUGUAGUGUUGGUACCAAAAACCACGGAGUUACAUGCCACUUUUUAAAAAGUCCUAGCUGGUUUUGAUAUUAUUUUUAACCGACUUCCAAAAAAGGA